UGCCCCGAGUUCGAGCCCCGCGCCCGCCCGCUCCGCUCGGCCCCGCUCCACUGGGGCGGCCCGGCCCUGCCUGGCCCGGCCGCAGAGAUGGGUGAAGUGGAAUCCUACAAGGUGAUUCUGGAUGGGCCUGCGCCCUGGGGGUUCAGACUGCAGGGAGGGAAGGAUUUCAGCAUGCCGCUCUCCAUCUCCAGGCUGACUCCGGGCGGGAAGGCGGCCCAGGCUGGCGUGGGAGUGGGCGACUGGGUGCUGAGCAUCGACGGGGAGCUCACCAGCUCCAUGACCCACAUCGAGGCCCAGAACAGGAUCCGCGCCUGCGGGGACAGGCUCUGCCUCACCCUGAGCAGAGUGCAGAGUGCCCUGGGGAAGCAGCAGAAGGAUUCACUCCCCUGCUCUGAGCCCCCGAAAUAUAACUUCGCUCCCAGCACCGCCCUCAACAAAACAGCUCGGCCCUUUGGGGCCAGCUCGCCUCCGAACCCACGGCCCGGGCUGGUGACGAAACCCGUGACGUACGUGCCCCUGGCGCCCACCUGCACCCCCCAGCACAACGGGUGCAGAGCCUUGACAAGUCAGCACCCCCCGCAGCCGCUGAGCCCCACGGGCCUCCUGCCCUGUGACCCCAGCAAAUUGAGGCUGAUAGAGGACACGGAGGACUGGCGGCCCCGCACCGGGACCUCCCAGUCCCGCACCUUCCGCAUCCUGGCCCGGCUCACGGGCACAGACUGCAUGGAAGAUCCUGAUGAUGAGCUUGUUAGCAAGUCCAGCCAGGUCUCUGUGCCGGACCUGUCCCCAGGAGCAGCGAUGAAGACGGAGCCGGGACUGGCCCCCAGGACCCCCACGGUCACCUCUGGCCCUGCCAGCCGCCCACCCUGGGCUGUGGACCCGUCCUUUGCUGAGCGUUAUGCCCCAGACAAGACGAGCACGGUGCUGAGCAAGCACAGCCAGCCGGCCACACCGACCCCCAUGCAGAACCGCAGCUCCAUCGUGCAGGCGGCCCAGCAGGCGCCCGAGGGCCUCGGCCGCACGCCGCUCUGCUACAAGUGCAACAAGGUCAUCAGGGGACGCUACCUGGUGGCCCUGGGACACUAUUACCACCCAGAGGAGUUCACCUGCUGCCAGUGCAGGAAGGUGCUGGAUGAGGGCGGCUUCUUUGAGGAAAAGGGCUCCAUCUUCUGCCCCAAGUGCUAUGACACGCGCUAUGCGCCGAGCUGUGCCAAGUGCAAGAAGAAGAUCACUGGGGAGGUCAUGCAUGCACUGAAGAUGACCUGGCACGUGCAGUGCUUCACCUGCGCAGCCUGCAAGACGCCCAUCCGCAACCGUGCCUUCUACAUGGAGGAGGGACAGCCCUACUGCGAGAGAGACUACGAGAAGAUGUUUGGCACCAAGUGUCGUGGCUGCGACUUCAAGAUCGAUGCUGGGGACCGGUUCCUGGAGGCAUUGGGGUUCAGCUGGCACGACACUUGCUUCGUCUGUGCGAUCUGCCAGACCAACCUGGAAGGGAAGACAUUCUACUCCAAGAAGGACAAGCCGCUGUGCAAGAGCCAUGCUUUCUCCCACGUGUGAGGGGCGAGACUCCGGCUGUGCCCACACAUGCCCCUGGCCCUGCAUGCUCCUCUUCCCCCCUCCCCUGCCCCCAGGGAGCCAGGCUGGGAACUCGCCCCUUCCCCUUGCUCCUGCCUCUUCCCUGGCGGCUCCUGGUCCUGCUCCAGCCCUUAGGCAGCGUGGGGCCCUGAGCCUCUUCUGGCUGAGCUGCUUGUUCUGCACCCUCUGGCUGGCCCUAGGAGCCAGGGGAAGGGAACGCUGCUUGGGUUUCCUGCCCCCGAGCCGCUCAGCGUGGUUGCCGCGGCCGUGCUGAGGCUGGAGUUGGGGCAGGCUGCCGCAGGGCUGCUCCCUCACUUGGAUGGGGCCCUGCUGCCUCGGCAGCUGAGCGCUGGGGCAGGGCUGCUCCCCGCGCCUCCCUGAGCGGGUGAGGACCAGCCCCCCAGCAGCGGUGCCAAGCUGUUCCCACCUUACCUGCUUUGGUCUGUGGGGCUGGAGAACCAGCGCUCUCCCUGCGGGGGCCCUGCCUGCAGCAAACCCACAGCCGAACCGUGGCCACGUUGCAAACCGCUGCGGUGGCUUCCUACCCCAGCCAGCCCUGGCGGCAGCGCGGUGGUGGUGGGGUCUGUGCCUCGCGCCUGCCGCUGUGGUGUCCCCGCACCAAGCUGCCUCCUGCCCGCCCGCCCCACCGAGGCUGGGCGGGGGAGCCGGCUGCAGCGGGGCUGGCCUGCGGCUGCCUCCCCUGCCUUGCCGUGGCCCGGGGCACCGGGCUGCCUGCCAAGCCCGCCUCGGCCGCGGGCUGGGAGCGUUUGCGCUGAUGUCCAGCUCACAGGCUCCUCCGAGGCUCGGAAACGGCUUCCUACCAAAGAGCGUGUGCCACCACUGUCCCUGAACUGUAAAUGCCUCUCCCAAACCCACACUCUCCGGUCAGGCUGUGUCUGAUGUAGCCACGGUGCUUUUAGUGCCUUUAAUAAACACUUCUCUGCAAA